GCAAGCGUUAGCUGUUGCACCUUGAGAGUUUGAAUGUUAGGGGAGAGUAUACACUUCAUGGCAAGACCCUCUAAGUGCAUUAAUAAGAAGAGAGAUCUUGGAGUCCAAGUUCAUAGCUCACUGAAGGUGGUAGCACAAGUAGAUAGAGUGGUAAAUAAUGCAUAUGGUAUGCUUGUCUUCAUUGCUUGGGGCAUUGGGUAACAUCAGGGAAUCAUGAUACAACUCGACAAGACUUUAGUGAAUCUGCACUUGGAGUAUUGCAUGCAGUUCUGGUUGCCCCUUUUUAGGAAUGAUGUGGAGGUUUUGGUGAGGGUGCAAAGGAUGUUUAUCAGGAUGCUGCCUGGAUCAGAUGGUUUUAGUUACAGUACAAGGAGAGGUUGGAUAAACUAGGGUUGUUUUCUCUAGAAUGUGGUAGGACGUUAGGAAGGGCAAGUGACUGAAGUGUCGGUGAGAGAAUCAUGUGGGACUAGCGACAACAGUUCUAUUAACUUUAAGAUGUUUAUGGAUAAGGAUAUGCCGGGCCCACAAGUUAAAGUUCUGAAUAAACAGCACCUUUCUCCAAGGGCAGAAUGUCAAAGGCUAGAGGCCUUAGCAUUAGGGUAAAAGGGACAAAGUUUCAUGGGAGAUGUGUGGGACAAUGAGUGGUCGGUGCUUGGAAUGCGCUGCUAGAUGCAGUGAUGGAGGCAGAUAUGAUAUUAGCAUUUAGGAAGCAAUUAGAUAGGCAUAUGGAUAUGCAGGGAAGGGAUGGGUAUGGGUCAUGUGCAGGCAGCGGAGAUUCGUUUAACUUGGCAUCGUGUCCAACACGGACAUUGCAAGCUGAAAGAGCCUGCUGUUAUAUGUUCUAUGUUCUAUGAUAAUGACUAAAGAUGAAUAAGAAUGAAAGUCUGGUUUGAUGUUAUUUACCUUUCUUCACUUUGUAAAAUCCUGACACGGGUACACCGGGUAAGUAAAGAAGCGUUCAUGACUCAUGGUAACUAUAAAGGGAGGAGAGAAAUCAGGUAUGUCAUGUUUGAACCAAAACCAGAACAUGUUCGAGAUACUCAAUUUGUCAGGCAGCAUCUAUGUGAAGAGAAACCCGUUAUGAUCUUUCAUCUUUGUUGAUCCACAGAUGCUGCCAUUGAGUUUCCUGUGCUUUCCUUUUUUAUCUCAGAUCUUUUUUCACCCGCUUUUCAAUUCUGUAUCAACAUUUUAUUUGAGUGUGUUAUCAAAGAAAUUGACAAAUUAUAACCAAGGUUGGCAGUAAACAAGACAAUGCUUCGGGUUAUUGAACUAUUAGCGACACUUGGCAUCACCAAGUUAUGCUACCCAGUAAGUUGUAAUAGUUUUAAAACUAGACAGCACAUGGAAGGUUAAUCUGCCUGAAGUUUUGACACUGGGAGUUGUUUCCUAACAUUGGAAAUGGGAGAAUAAGGAGGAGCCUCCCAAUGCUUUUUUAAUGUGAACCUGGAAUAUUAGCUUAGAGUUUCAGAAUCUACUCUGAACAGGGUAGAUGUAAAUCGUCUUAUACAGAUAACUUUUGGAGCUCUCGCCAAUAUGGGGAUGUUUGAAGCGUCAAUGUCAUUUCUCGCUCUGGCAUUAACAAUGUAUAUAACCAUCUCUCAAGAACAAGUACUUGCUGAACCCGCUGCUGAUAUUGUUUUCCUGGUUGAUGGAUCUCAAAAUAUGGGAGCACAAGGAUUUAAACAAGUACGUACCUUUAUAACAAAAACUAUCAGCAAACUGAAUGUAGGAACGGAUGCGUACAGAAUUGGCCUUGCUCAGUACAGCGAUGUUCAGCAUAAGGAGUUUGAAUUCGAUACAUUUCGAACCAAGAAGGAUGUGUUGACCUACAUGAAGAGAAGGUUUCAGUAUAAGGGCGGAACUUCUCUAAAAACAGGUAUCGCUCUGGAUUUUCUGCUCAAAACGUUCUUUGCGCAAAGUCGAAAGGAUAAAGGCAUUCCUCAGAUUGCAAUAAUAGUCACAAGCGCACCCUCAGAGGAUAAUGUUGCAAACUAUGCCACAUCUUUGAGAAAUGACAACGUGAUCGCUGUUUCCAUUGGAGCAAAGGAUUCCGACUUAAGUGAGCUACAAACUAUUGCCUACCGUGGAGAUGCCCCUUUUGUUCACCGGAUCAACAAUAUCGCUGAGAUUACAAACCUGGCGCCAAAUGUCAUUGAAACAAUAAAACACAUACACACAAUGACAAAAGUCACAGAAAUUCAACCUCCAUCAGAGGUCACGCUGAUUGCGGAAGUGCCGCUGACUACGGAAGCACCAAAGUCGAGAGACCGCACUCAGCCAUAUUGCUUCAUAGACAUUGCAGUGGGAUUUGAUCUCCCUGGAUGGGCUGGAUCAGAAAACAUAUUUGCUGGACAACAGAAAUUAAAACUAAAGCUAGCGGAAAUUCUUCAAAGAAUUACAUCCGUGACUGAUAUCAGUUGUCUUUCCAACUCCCAGCCAACAAUAAGCAUGGCAAUUUACAUGCAAAGUAAAACUGGCCAGAUUAUCUUUGAAUCAAAAUUUGCAAAUUAUAGUGCUGAAACAAUCAGUAACCUCAUGGCAAUCAAAACAGCAGAAAAAAUUGAUUUAACUGUUGAAAAUUUGGAGUCACUUGGAAAGAAGCUCAGAGAGAGAACUUCAAAAGCAAAGGUGAUGCUAAUUUUUACAGAUGGCUUGGAUGACACCAAAGAUGUGCUUGAAAAAGCAUCCAAAAGUCUCAGAGAAAAAGGGAUUCACGCACUCAUCACUGUGGCUCUACAAGGUCCCCAGUAUCUUGGUGACUUACUUUCUAUUGAAUUCGGAAGAGGAUUUGAAUACAAGCAAGGAUUAUCUAUUGAAAUGGAGGAUAUUGCAAAUGUUUUGCACAGACAAAUAAAUGGCGUUGCGGAAAAAGAAUGCUGCAAUUGUCUGUGUAAAUGUCUGGGGAAACCAGGCACCCAGGGGCCACGGGGAAUAAAAGGCUUACUGGGAAACCAAGGUGUAAAGGGAUUUCCAGGACAUACUGGAGAAGAAGGAGAACCAGGUGAAAGAGGCCCAGCCGGUCCAAAUGGAACUCGAGGGAUUGAAGGAUGUAUUGGUUUCAGAGGCCACAAGGGAAUCUCAGGAUAUCCUGGAGAAAAGGGUAUGAGUGGAAUCGAUGGCAUCAAUGGAAUUUCCGGAGAACAGGGAGACUAUGGAGUUGCUGGAUCAUCUGGUGAAAAUGGUGCACAAGGAAAUCCGGGUAAGAAAGGUGAAAAAGGAGACCAUGGUGAAGUUGGAAAAGAAGGCUUACCUGGAGACCACGGUGAAUUCGGCAAUAACAGUAACAUUCGAGGUUUAAAAGGUCAUAAAGGUGACAUGGGAUUUGCGGGUGAUCCAGGAGGGGAUGGCAAUCGAGGAAAAGGCGGUAGGGCAGGACGUCCUGGUCUCCCUGGUCACAGAGGUCCACCUGGGAAAGAUGGUAAUAUUGGAAAGCCUGGCAAAAGAGGUCAUCAUGGAAUUCGAGGAUUCCAAGGCGAACAGGGGCUAGCAGGUUCCGCUGGGCCACAUGGGCAGAAUGGAACCCAAGGAGCUCGAGGCCAGCAGGGCCUGUCUGGAAUCCCAGGUGAGCAAGGAAUGGAGGGGUUCCAAGGACAGAAAGGACAAGCCGGUGAACCUGGAGAUCUUGGGGCGAAAGGUGUAAAUGGACCACUUGGACGUCGUGGCUCAAUGGGUCUGGAUGGCAAGGAUGGAUUUGGCCCUCAAGGUUCUAAAGGAAGAAAGGGAGACAGAGGGACCCGAGGAAUCAUUGGCGUAAAGGGAGAAGAUGGAAAAGCUGCUCAAAAUGGAGGAGAUGGACCUAAAGGAAUGAAGGGGAACAGGGGCCAUGCUGGUGAUCCUGGUGAUGUCGGUGAAUCGGGACAGAUUGGAAUUACUGGGCAAAAGGGCCCCAAAGGACCACCAGGCACAGCGAUCAUGAAAUGUGAUCUUAUAUCAGCUGUGCGAGAAAGCUGCUCUUGUUGUUCAAAAAGAAGUGGAGCGUGUCCAGCUUACCCCACGGAGCUGGCCUUUGCUCUGGACUCAUCUGCAGAUGUCCCUCCUGCUCUAUUUGAAAGGAUGAAAAAAAUUGUAAUGAAUUUCCUGCAGGAUAUUGACAUCGCUGAAAACAACUGCCCCACGGGUGCCCGCGUGGCUGUCCUGACUUACAAUAGCGAAGCCAAGCCUUUCAUUCGCUUUUCCGACUUUAAGAAAAAGCAAUUACUCCUGAAAAAAAUAGAAGGACUAGGUCAUGAACGAUCAAGCAAAAAACGAAAUAUCGGCAACAUUAUGCAGUUCGUGGUCAGAAAUGUUUUUAAACGAGUUCGUAAUGGUGCCCUUAUGAGGAAAAUAGCUGUGUUUCUUGCUAAUGGAGCAUCCAAAGACACAAAUGCCAUUGCCGCUGCUGCCUCACAGUUCAGUGCUUCAGGUGUCGUUCCAGUUAUCAUUUCCUUCAAAGACAUCCCAGAAGUAGACCAGGCUUUUAAGGUCAAUAAUGAAGCAUCAGCUGAAGUGGUUGUAUUGCCAAGACAGCAACAAGAAGCCAAGAAAUUGUUACACCGACUCUUACAGUGCACAAUUUGCUUUGAUAUGUGUGAACCAAACGCCUUGUGCCUGGGAGAUGCAGCGAUAUCUCCUCUGCCUGUGAACCUGGACAUAGCAUUUAUUGUAGAUGAUCUUGAACCGAUGGAAUCCAUGUAUUCAGAAACCGUGAAGCAUUUCUUAAAUUCCAUGCUGAAUACAUUUCUAAGUUCCGCAGAACCAAAGGCUGCUGAACUUCAUCCCAGAGUUGCUAUUGUUCAACACUCUCCAAACCACAGGCUGCGAUAUGGGAAGGAUCCAUACGAGCUUGAAUUUGAGAUUUUGGAUUACACGACAAAAACCCUAAAGAAGAGGCACGUCCAAGACUCAGCCAGUCAGCCAGAGGGCCCCACUGGCAUCAGCAACACUAUUGAAUGGACCCUGAAUAAUUACUUUUCAAAUCUCACUGAGCAGCAAACGCACAAGGUUAUCUUUACAAUACUUUCAGGGGAAAUGAACCUGGAUGGCAAAAAGUUACUGGAGAUAUCACACAAAGCCAAGUGUAAAGACUUUGCAAUGUUAAGUCUGGUCCUUGGAAAGGUAUCCAACACGACAAUUCUGGAGGAGUUUGUCAGUUUCCCCGUUGAUCAACAUUUAGCUUACCUCGACAAGCCUCUGGAGACUGAAGUGGAAUAUGCACAAAGGUUUGCAGUGACUUUUCUGAAAAACCUGGCAGCUGGAAUCAACAGAUAUCCCCCUCCAGAUAUUGCGAAGGAAUGCAAAGGAAUGAAACCUCAGGAGACAGUAAAGGACGUACCGCAAGGGCCGCCUAAUAAUUUACAACUGUACCAAGAGCCGCCUAAUAACCUACAACUGUUGGUUGUUAUGGAUGACGCUGAGAUGCCCGAAGUUUACACCAACAAUUACGAUACGUGUCUAUUGAAGCAGGAUGAAGGACUCUGUCAUAAUUACACCAUCAAGUGGUCCUAUGAUGCCAAAAAAGGUUGCGCGCGGUUCUGGUACGGUGGCUGUGGAGGAAAUGCAAAUAGAUUUGACACACAACAGGAAUGUAAAACUUCAUGUGUACAACCAUCCCCUUUGUAAAAUGCACCAGAAUAUAUUACGGUGUGUCUGACCAUCAGAUGUGGUGAAACAUGGCGUCAGGUUAAUUAAAAUGUUUUGCGCGGUUUCUUAGUAGAGAAGCAUGUUCAGUUGUAACAGAUGCUGUUGAACUUGUUUCAGAACCAUAUUGUUUGCUCGCGAUAAUUCUGAAAAGGGAACGUCCGAUCUUCCAUGUACACAUAUUUGAAAGCAUGUACAUAAUUACAUAAAGCUGUAUAAGAACAAAAUUGCAAUGCUCAAGCUUUUGACAUUAAGGCAAAAUCAUGAUUAUUUGCAUUGUGACUGUUUAUGUUUACAUUGUAGGUGCAAACACUAUCAGAUUGUUCUUUCCACGUUCCACCCACACUUUAACUGCCUGAUUGGAUUAUAGACUCAAUUAUCAUUAACUUGAAGGCUUUUUGACAAACAUUUUUCUCAGGCUAAAUAUUCAAUUACUUGAAAUAAAAGUUGUUUGCAUAAGAA